CAUAAAUAAGGAAGACACGACUCCCUCACACGUGGAAUAGGUAACCAAACCCAGUCAAGGGGUCGGCCGCGUGGGUGGAGAAGAAGAGAAUACGAAGCAUCAGAGUGAGGAGUACUAGUAAUAGUAGAAGUAGUAAGCAAAGGCAGCAAGAAGAAGCAGGGGAACAAGUGAAGGAUCGACUUUUCUAAGUUUGCAAUCCGAAUUUGACCUUGGUUGGAGUUUGGAGCGAUCCAUUCAGGACGGCGGCCUUGCUCAAUACGUAAAAUUCUGGAGCCCGGGUGGAAAUUUCGUGUGUUUCUAGAAUACACCGACUGAGCUCGCAGGACUGAGAGUUUUAAUCAGGAGAGGGGAGUGUUUUGGUUGAAGAGUUGUUGGUUUUUGCUGCUCUGAAGCUCGGAUUUUUUCUUGUUUUUGCUGCUCUGAAGCUCGGAUUUUUUGUUGGUUUUGUUUCGAUGGGGUCUGUGGAGAAUCGAAGCGGUAGGAGGGAGGUGAUGAGGAAGGAGGAGGAGGAUGAAUUGGAGGAGAAUUAUACGCAUAUGUGCAAGAUUUGCAAAAAGAAGUUUGUUUCUGGACGGGCUUUUGGCGGUCAUAUGAGAAUUCAUGGGCCUGUGGCGAUGGCUGCAGCGGCUGAGAGUAAUGAGAGGAAGAGAUCUAGAGCGGUUCCGGAGGUUCGAGCCCGCGACGUGUGUGAGGAAAAGUGGGGAGAAGAGGAGGAGAGGGAAGAGGAGGAGGUGGAGGAUGAGGAGGAAGAAGGGGAGUCUGAUGGGUAUGAGCUGAGACGACACCCUCGGCCUAGCUGGCGGUUUGCAGAGCGAGAUUACUCUUUUCUGAGCGGUCAUGGGUUUGAUUCCAAGGCGGCUACUUUUCUGCGGAAAUCCCGGAGCUGUAAGGUCUGUGGGAAGGAAUUUUGGUCAUGGAAGUCGUUGCUGGAUCACAUGAAGUGCCAUGAUAAGUGGGAAGGCGAUGAGCAGGAGGAGUAUUCGGAAAGUGGGUCUGAAAGUGAGGAUAAUGAACACCCAAGGGAGAAUUCGAGCAAGUUUGAGGGAUGCAUGAAGGGAAAGAGAUCCAAGCGACCCAGGAAUACUGCAACGGCGGCUUCUCCUAUUAGGCCGCCUCAAUCCAAUUCCAAUUCCGUGUCUGAAGAAGAAGAUAUGGCAAUCUGCCUUGUGAUGCUGGCAAGCGGUGUAGACACUUGUUCUCAGAAGCUCAAGACUGGUAGUGCAGAGGAAGAGUCUGCCAAUUCUGGAUCGGGAGGGUACUACAGCAAGAUGGUGUUUUCAUCUGAGCCCAAGAGGAAUCCCAAGCCCAAGAGACUUGAUAACGGUGUUGCUGAGGCCUUUGACGACGAAGGUAAGAAACUUAAUGGUAGUAAGUAUGCGUGUACUACAUGUAAUAAGAUUUUCCAUUCCUACCAGGCCUUGGGUGGGCACAGGGCUAGUCACAAGAAGGUCAAGGGAUGCUCCUCCAGGGUCGAGGAGAACGAGAUUGAGAAUGAGAUGGAGAAUGAAAUUCAGAAUGGGAUUGAGAAGGUGAUUGAGAAUGAGAAUGAGAAUGAAAGCUUGGAGGAGGAGAUUACUGAUGAGGAGCAGCUCCUCUUGACUGCUGGGCCAGAGCAACAGCCGCCCAUUAGCUUCCACAAGCCCCCCCUUCCUGAUGAAGCAGCAACAACUCCUAUUCCUGUCACUAUUCAUAAAUCAGUCCCUAUUCCUACUGGUAAGAAGAAGUUAUCUACCAAGGUCCACGAAUGCUCAAUCUGUCACAGAGUUUUCAGCACUGGGCAGGCUCUGGGUGGGCACAAGAGAUGCCACUGGGGGACUGGUGGGGCCUCGGAGACUACUAGCACCGUUUCCAGCACCAAGGAGACCCAUAAUUUGCAGCAACAGAGGGGUGGAAACACAGAGCUUCUGGAUCUGAACCUGCCUGCCUGCCCUGAUGAUGAUGAUAGUGUUCAGGAUGCCAUUGCCACCGCAAGGCCUAAUAAGUUAGUUAUGGAUUCUCGCAGGGCUUCUGAUGUUGAAGCUCAUAGCAAAAUCAGCAUGCCUUUAUUUCAGUCUUGGUGGGCAGACACCCACCACCCAAAUCAGCAGGGGCUCUUUUUGUACAAUAACCAGAGUCAUUUGUCUCCUGAAGAUGAAGUUGAUAGUAAGCUAGGAAGUAAAAUUGGGUUAGGAACCAUACAAGGGCAAUACUUACAGAACAGAGCUCAACCACCUUGGUUGCAACUGUGAGCCACAAUCACAAGUAGGGGAAAGAAAGUACAAUUUUAAUGUCUUCUGUCAUUGUUUCAUUCUUUUAGAGUCUUCCUCUUACUGUAAACCAUUAAUAAGAUUAGUAUAAAUGCUUUCAAAAAAUGUGUGUGACAUUUGGGAAAAUGCUCAUUUGUUAGAUAUUAUUUCCAUACAGCAUUACUGUCAAGAGAAGUGCAUGAAUGCUAUUAACUUCUUGUUCA